UAUAAUACAGAGUUUUUUUUAUAUUCUUCUUGAAUAUUUGAAACUAAUUAAGCAUAACAAACAAAUGAUAAACAAAACUUAAUCUUGGCGAAAUACUUGAUGAAUGUAACUUUUCAUCUUUAAUGAAAUUGGAUAGAUUUCAAACAUUUUUCGUUUAAUGUAUGUUUAGUUGAUGUUUAUUUUAACGGUGAUGUACCUGUUAGAACAAGUGCUACCAUGUAACAGUCAAACAACCCUCAACAACUUGUUCCCUGUUGCUCGAACCAUUCCAGGCUGCCACCUUGAAGCAGUGACAGAUCCGUCGUAUUAUAUCAUACAUUUGAAUGGUUAUGCUAUUCUUAGACAAUGCAAAGCUGAGUACACGUAUUCUCCUUUGUACUGUGAUUGUAUAAAGCCAAAAUUAACAAGAAUACCGAGAGUGGCAGUAUUUGUUAUUACAAAAAGGAUUUUAGAACAGAACGAUAAAAUAGUCAGCUGUCGUCCUUAUUUCCAGUUCUUAUUUGACAGAACAACGCUGUCCGAAGACGGAAGUGUUCCAUCGUUACCAACAAGUACACUAAAAUUCAACCCAGUGGCGGGAAGUACUGGUAAAACGGCUGUGACGUUUUAUGGGGAUGGAAUUAUUACAAUAUGGGGCAUGAGUUACAUUACGUUUGCACACAAAUUUAAGUUCAUGGUCCGUUUCAAAACCAUGGAAGAUUUUACUUAUGAAGAUAAACACUACAAUCUAUUUGGAGACGGACCUUGUAGUAACCGUGCUCCAUAUUAUGGCGUUACAAUAAAUCCUGUUCAGAAAUCCAUUGCUGGUAAUUUUAUUCUCAACAACAAUUCACCACUAAAUCUGCAAAUAGAUAAUGUUGAUUUCAAUGAUUGGAUCGUACUUUUUAUAGUUGGAAUGGAGGGCGAAAUAAGAAUGUUUACCGAGACCGGUCGGGAUCAUGGUUACAUGGGAAUUUCGACAAUUAAAUCUUCCUCAUGUGCCAUGGAGAUAGGGAAGGAUUCUAAGUAUGCACCAGGCUUUGUGGGAUACGUAGAUUCGAUAGAAUUUUUCAAUUGUUUUGAGAAAUAGUUGAACGUAGUAGAAGAAAACCCUGUGAUCUGUGAUAUAAAUUGUAAAUUUUGUUUUUAUUCAUUAUUUAACAUGGUUACAUUCAUAUACUCUGGAACGUGUAUUUCAAGACAGUGAACCCAGCCAUGUCCAUGAACAAGUUUUUGUCUCCAUCUCCCAGACAAAUAAGCAUGGAUGGACACUAAAUGAUACCUAUUUGAAUCAAUAGUGACACUACUAACAAUGAUACGCACACGGAAAAUGUAUUCGACAGAGUGACCCUUUGCUGACACUUUGUCGCUUCAUUAGGAGAGCUUACUACAUUAGACAAUGAUAUUAUUAAAUAAUUAUCACGUACAGUGUUUUUGCACUAACAAGCUGGACAUAGAUUAACAGCAUGUGCUAUUCUAACAAUUCAGACAAUAUCGUGAUAAAACAAUUUCUAAAACCAGUACUAUCUUUAAAGAAGAUAUUCGGUGUAUAUAGGUUGGAGCAAAAUACUAUUGAUCAUAUCUAAAUGAACUUAAUUUGACUCCAAUAUAUAGUCUUAAAAUUCGUAAAAUUGAGCACACGAACUUGUCUCUAUCAAAUAUACAUAUAGACCAUUAACUAAA